CGGCUGAGGGCGGCUGCUCCGGUGGCGGCGGCGGCGGCUCCGCGGUGCUCAUGCCGGCGGCGGCGGCGGCGGCGGCGGCCAGCGGGAGCCUGGCGACGGGGGGCUGCGGCGCGGCGGGCCCGUCGUCGUGGACGCGCUCGCUGGAGCGGGCGCUGGAGGAGGCGGCGGCCAGCGGCGCCCUCAGCCUCAGCGGCAGGAAGCUGAGGGACUAUCCGCGGGGCAGCGCGGCCGGCCAUGACCUCAGCGACACCACCCAGGCCGAUUUAUCACGGAACCGACUCUCCGAGUUGCCACAGGAAGCGUGCCUCUUCGUUUCCCUCGAAAGCUUGAAUUUGUACCAGAAUUGCAUUCGUUAUAUUCCAGAAGCCAUCCUGAAUUUGCAGUCCUUGACGUUUUUGAAUAUCAGCCGUAACCAGCUCUCAACAUUGCCGGUCCAUUUGUGCAGCCUUCCCUUAAAAGUUUUGAUAGCCAGCAACAAUAAACUGGUCUCCAUCCCGGAAGAAAUCGGACAGCUGAGACAUCUGAUGGAGCUGGAUGUCAGCUGCAAUGAAAUCCAGACUAUCCCUCCUCAAAUUGGCAAUCUCACUUCUUUGCGGGAUCUCAACAUCAGGAGGAAUCACCUGGUGCAUUUACCUGAAGAGCUCGCCGAGCUGCCUUUGAUUCGGUUAGAUUUCUCCUGCAAUAAAAUCACGACAAUCCCAGUGUGCUACCGGAACCUCAGGCACUUGCAGACAAUCACCUUAGAUAACAACCCCUUGCAGUCUCCCCCCGCCCAGAUAUGUAUAAAAGGAAAAAUCCACAUAUUUAAGUACCUGAACAUGGAAGCGUGUAAAGUGGUGCCAGACCUUCCUGAUUACCAUAGGCGACCAAUAGGCUUUGGAUCCUGCCACGAAGAUCUGUAUUCGAGUCGACCCUACGGAGCGUUGGAUUCCGGCUUCAACAGCGUAGACAGUGGAGAUAAGAGGUGGUCAGGAAACGAACCGACCGAUGAAUUUUCGGACCUUCCCUUGCGAGUGGCAGAGAUCACGAAAGAACAGAGGCUGAGAAGAGAGAGCCAGUACCAAGAACACAGAGAGAACUCGCUGGUCACAAAUGGAGGAGUGGAGCAGGAUCUGGAUCAAAUCGACUUUAUUGACAGCUGCGCCACUGAGGAAGAAGAGGAAGAAGUGAGGCAGGCCAAAUGCCCGGAGCCAGACAGCCUCAGCACGCAAUUCAUGGCCUAUAUUGAACAACGGCGAAUCUCCCACGAGGGUUCACCCGUAAAACUUACAAACAGCCGAGAAUUUCCUAGGUCGGAAGAUGCAAGAAAAUACCUCCAUCAAAAUAGGGGUUGCCGAGACUCUGCUGCCCUGGGGCCGUCGUCCUGCGCUUACAAUCAGACCGUUCCCACGGAGGCUGACCCACCCAAACGGCGUGAGCCCUUCGCGGAGUGGACGCGGAGGGAAGCGCAGCUGGCGGCCCUCCAUUAUGAGGAGGAGAAGCGGAAGACGAAACAGAUUCAGAAGGAAGCCGUGCUCGAUUUUGUCAAACUCAAGGCGUCCCAGACUCCACGGAAGCAAAGUUCUCCAGAGAGCGAGUGCUCCUUUCCAUCCCGAAGGUGUCAGCACACUGAUGACAGUGCCUUGCUGGUGAGCGAGGACCGAUCCACCAUCUCACCGAAUUCACCCACUUCUCAAACAGUUCACCUCUCUGCCCCGUAUCCUGGCCCAGCUGCCCCUCCUUCCUACAGAGGGACUCCUCAGCGUCCCGAAAGCUUCCUUUUUCGAAAUGCUACCAGGGAGGAAGCAAACAGAGCCGUGACGUCGCUGCCGGCUUCUGCAUCAACUCCGGUUAAUUGCUCAGAUGACGUCGCCGAUAACCAUGAUUCCACCCUGCAGGAAGAAGAUGUUUUGGUGAUAGAGCAACUGCGAAAAAACAUUGAAUCUCGGUUGAAAGUGUCUUUGCCGAACGAUCUCAGCGCAGCCCUGAUGGACGGCGUGGUGCUUUGCCAUUUAGCCAACCAUGUGCGGCCUCGUUCUGUCCCCAGCAUCCACGUGCCCUCGCCAGCUGUCCCUAAAUUAACCAUGGCCAAGUGUCGGCGGAAUGUGGAAAAUUUCCUGGAAGCCUGUCGAAAAAUAGGGGUGCCUCAGGAGCGAUUGUGUUUGCCUCUGCACAUUUUAGAAGAGAAAGGCUUGACGCAGGUGGCAGAGACUGUGCAGACCCUCCUGGAAUGGGCCCCCCCAAAGCAACAGCACCACCACCACCAGCACCACCUGGGCGCUGCCUAAGGAGCCCUGAGAACUGCUUCCCGGGCUGACGGAAGGAGGCGAGUGCGAGUGCCGCCUCGCCCAGGACGGACAGGUCUUGCAUUCAAAGAGCCACCGCUGAACCCCGACUUCCUGGUGGGAAUCCUUUGCCUUUGGUUUCUCCACUUUUUUUAUUAUUAUUAUUAUUAUUUUGGGGGGGAGGUCACCGAGGUUUCCAUUGGACUUUUGCGCUUUGUAAAGCGGUUUUUUUUCUGGGGCGGGGGGGGAAGGGGUGAAAACUCCAGGAGCCCCUUGGCUUCCUAUUGAAAUCUCCUCCUUGGGAAAUCCGAGCAGGGGAGGAAAAAAGAAGGAAGGACUUUUUAAUCCCGCCACCAUAGAAAUUGUGAGGUCCUCGGUAGGUUUAACACGGAGGCAUUUUUUUAUUUUUAGUUUUAUUUUUUUUUUCACUUCGGCUCUGAACAAUCCCGCAGACAAGGUCAGCUCCGGAAAGACUCAAGCGAUGACUCUCGUUAGCCAGUCCCGAAUGCCCCUGUUCUUUCGCUCGUUUUUCUUCCUUUCGUCGUCAUCACUUCCCACUUGAGAUGUUUCUUAACAAAAAGUUCUAAAAACGCACGUUCCUUCGGCACGCCGGGUCCUGAGAUGUGCCAGAAACCCCGCCUAAUUCUGCUUUAAGUCGGCAAGUGGGAUGCCUGGAUCUGAAAGAGCGCCUGGUACGACUUUAAUAAUCCACCCUCAAAUGCCUUUAUUUUCCUUUGGCAGCACAAAGGAGUUGACGCGCGAGAAAUAAAGGUAUAAAGGACGCCUGUUAAGUGAAGAAGAAGCGGGGCACAGCUAGAUGCCCUUCUGGGUGCUUGAAAGAGCAGCUCCCCCCCUCCCCCUGCAGCUCACCCAAUCCAGCUUUUUUUGCUUUCUUCCUCCUGUUAACCUUCCUAGUUUUCUUAAUUAGUUUUUAUUAAAUGUGCCGGUGAGAUUGCAAACUGCUUUAAGCACUUAUUCAGAGGAGGCGAUUGGAAAGGACUCUUUUAAGUGAACCAGGCACGGUUUGGAUCCCGUUGGAAAAGUAGCUGCAACGCCUUGAAUCUGCCCACAGCGUUAACUCUGCCCAGGUGGAAAAGACAAACCUGAAUAAAAUUUGCAGGUUUUUUUUUUCUCCCCCUCCUGGAGAUGGCGCGUCCGGCAGAACAAAUGAGUGCCAAGUUUCAAGAUCCGAUUCAAAUGGAUCCUCGCGUUCCUUUCCAUGCGGUUUCCAUGCUUCAGGACCAUCCCAGCGAAAGUCACUUCUGGCGUUGCGAGUGGAAAAACGUGCGCUCCGGUGUUUGAGUAGGAAUGUGGCAGCACCGUUGUGCCCUAGAGCAGGGCUCCCCAACUUUGUCUACUUUUAAGACUCGUGGACGUCAACUCCCAGAAUUCCCCAGCCAGCCAAUUCAGGGAGUUUGGAGUUCACAAGUCUUGUAAAAUGUCCCAAGGUUGGGGAAUCCCUGCCGUAGACGAAGGAAGGUGGAUGUUUGGGGUGCCAGGGAAGGAGUGUGUGCAAUUGAAGGAACGUGUAGCCGUUCAAUCCCUGAGCAAGUAGCAGGAGAAGCAUCGGCCGGAAAGAAAUUCCGGCAGGCCGAGAUUCAGCUGCCUGAAGUCCCUGUUCUCGGUCGUUGCAGGGCCUGGGAACUUUUUUAAAAAAAAACACUUUGCACGUGAAAUCAGAUGUGUAUCUCGGACUCCUAAGUGAAGGCAAAGUUAGUGUAAGGUCACUCAGGACAGGUGUGCAAGGUGGAGGAAGUAAGAAAAAGGAGGGCUAGUUGGAACGGAUUUGGGAAUGGGCGCACAGGACCAUAACUGCAUUUUUUAAAAAUUCUAUUUAGUGGCAGGGGCUCCACCUGCUUCCCCCCCCCUCCCAGUUGUGUCCGAUCAACCUUGUUUGUUUUCAAGCUCCUGUUCGCUUCGCCAAGCUAGGAAUAGGCAACAGUUUCCUAUUUCUUUCUUUCUUGCCCUUUCCUUCUCCAUUCCCCCCCCCCAUCACUAUUUUGAUUUUUGUCUCUUUCUCAGGAGGCUAGCUUUCCUGCAUCUCUGCGAUGCACUUAACACUGUGUUUCGCAACCUUGACAAUUUUAAGGCAUGUGGACUUCA